AUGCCUGCAUACCAUUCUGCGUUGAAUGAGGAACCUGAUGUCCGACAAGUCGGCAAUGUUUCUAUCCUUCCGAUCAACACAAGAAUCCGUGGACCAGCACCUGUCACGGUAAACUCAGCGCAGGGAGAUAUCAUUGACGAAACGCUUGAUCUCUUUCGUGCCAACUCUCUCUUCCGCAACUUUGAGAUCAAGGGGCCGGCCGACCGCCUGCUCAUCAUCCUUAUCCUCUUCAUCUCAGAUUGUCUCGCGAAGCUUGGAAGCUCGCGUACUACUCCUUCACAGCUCGAAGCGACGAAGACACUCAAUACCCUUGCAGUGGACAGCUUCCCCAUUCCUGGCGAUGCUCAUUUCCCAUUGAAUUCGCACUAUGCUCCGCCAGGCAGCCGCCCUGAUGCCGAUUACCUGCGUCAAUAUUUGACGCAGGUACGCCAGGAGCUUGCUGCAAGGUUGGUCGAACGUCUCUAUGCGGACGGCACCGGGAAGCCCAGCAAGUGGUGGAUGUCCUUCCAGAAGAGACGUUUCAUGAACAGAAGUUUGGGCUCGUAAAUCGAAUAAUCGAACAGCAGUGUACAACAAUCAUAAUACACCUUCCCAUGCCUUCAUUGUACAAGGCACCCCAUC